UUACACAAAUGGGAGGCAGCGAGCUUUUGUAAAUGUGUAUGCUUUGAAACAAACUACACGAUCCUGCCCAUACAAAGUCCCGACGACCCUUCGAAACCUUGCCUCUCGUGUAGUAAACAAUGGUGUUUGAAUCAGAAUCUGGCCAUAUGUGCUGGCGCGUCCCUCGGGGACACGGAUCCCGACACGGCGACUGGGAUGGAAGGAGAUGUCGAGGCUCGAUGCUUCCAGAGGGACUCCCCACGAGAUCAGCUUGUUGUAAUCAUGUUUCUCUUGACAGUGUUUGGCCUCCUGCUUGGGAUUAGCAUCAGGAAUCGUAUGGCCAAAGCUGGGCUGGAAGCUCGCCUACCCUGGCAUGUCAAUCUGAACCCUAGGUGGUGGGAGGUGGGCCUACAUGUCCUGUGCGCAGUCUAUGUAACUAACCGGUCUUAG